UGUUCAAUGAUCCCAUACAUGGGCUUGUGCCAAUGCACCCUUUGCUGGUCCGCAUCAUUGACACACCCCAGUUCCAGAGGCUUCGCUACAUCAAGCAGCUUGGAGGGGCCUGCUACGUCUAUCCUGGGGCCUCCCACAACCGCUUUGAGCACUCCAUAGGAGUGAGUCACCUGGCAGGGAGACUGGUCAAGGAGCUGAAAGAUCAGCAGCCAGAACUUCAAAUCACUUGCAGAGACUUCCUCUGUGUGCAGAUUGCUGGCCUCUGCCAUGACCUGGGACAUGGCCCUUUCUCCCAUUUGUUUGAUGGGAUGUUUAUGCCCAAAGUUUGUCUUGAAAGUGAAAAGAAAGAGAAAGAGGGACAAGUGGGAGGAGAGGGAGAAGAGGGAAAAAAGGAAGAAGAGGAUGAAGUGGACAGAAGAAAGAAGAUGAAAAAAUGGAAGCACGAGAAAGCGUCCGUGACCAUGUUUUACCACCUUGUCAAGCAAAAUAACUUGGAGGAUGUCAUGAAGCAGCAUGGUCUGGUCCUGCCUAUUGACCGGGUCUUCAUCGAGGAACAAAUUGCUGGACCAAUUGACCCAACCAUUGUGGAGUGGCCUUACGAAGGCAGAACAGUGGAGAAGUCCUUCCUGUACGAAAUCAUAGCCAACAAGAGAAACGGUGUUGAUGUUGAUAAAUGGGACUACUUUGCCAGGGACUCAUACUACCUAGGUCUUCAGAGUAACUUUGACCAUGACCGCUAUAUCAAAUUUGCCCGAGUCUGCAAGGUGGAUGGGGAGUCUCAGAUCUGUACUAGAGACAAGGAAGUGGACAACCUGUAUGACAUGUUCCACACCAGAUUCAGCCUCCACAGACGAGCCUACCAGCACAGAGUGGUAGAAGUCAUUCAGCUCAUGAUCAGAGAUGCCCUUGUCGAAGCAAAUCCUUUCAUCUUGAUUGAAGGCUCUGGGGGGGGAAUGUUCAGAAUGUCAGAGGCCAUAGAUGACAUGGAGGCCUACACUAAACUCACAGACCAUGUGUUUGAGCAGAUCCUCCACUCCCCCUCUACUGACCUGGAUAAGGCAAGAAAGAUUCUAGAGAGAAUCACCCACCGACAUCUCUACAAGUGUGUGGGCCAGAUCUUACAGGUGUGGGGGGGUAUAAAGGACAAGGUCAAGGGCAACUUGGAGGACAAGGUCAUGGACAAGGUCAAGAAAUGGCAAAGUGACGUGGCGAGUCAAAGGAAUUUGGAUGCGAAUGACUUUGAACUCCGUGUCAUCAAAAUGGACUAUGGGAUGAAGGAGGACGACCCCAUUGACCAAAUGCGCUUCUACAGUAAGGAGACUACCAAAGCUUUCAAAAUCUCCAAAGACCAGGUGUUAAACCUCAGGCCCGAGAGCUUUUCACAGCAUCAGAUCAGGAUCUACUAUAAGAAGGAGACUGAUGAAGAGACUAUAAAGGCCAUUAAGGAUGACUGGAGCAGCAACUUCCCCAAAUCACAGGAUGAACCCCAGAAUGAGUGAGGGCCAGAACAGAAGAUCAGGAGAACCAAGGAAUAAAGAAAGUCUGAGCGUUCUCCCCAGAGAGCUCUCUUCUCAAAUGAUGAAGCACAGUGAUAUUUAGUAGGUGUCUACUGUGCAUUGUGCUGUGGAACAGAUGUGUAACUUGUCUUAUUGUUAAACUGCUACGCUUCUUGAAACUGCAUCCAAGACUUUCACCCACUGGUGCACUUGUGUACAUGGUUGAGUGACAAAACUGAUUGGUUUGAUCUGAUUGUUUUAAUGGAGUUGAUGACAGUUAUUAAGAUGCAAAAAAAGAAAUGUCACUGAGUCAGCCCUGUUCAAUCACUUUAUUCACUUUCUGCCUUAUCUCCAAUCACUGAGUUGUCAUCUCUUCCAUGUAGUUAAGAUUAUUUUUAUGUAAAAAAAACCCUUAAGAUUUAAGAAUGGUUUAUUGUUAGAUGAAAAUUAUUUGGAAUGCAAGCAUCAAAAAUGUUUCUUUAUUUUUGUGUUUUUUGGGGGUAGAAGAUAUGUUGAUUCAGUCUGGGAUUUGAAACCAAGUUAACAUAAUCGUAGCCUACAUAUUCAAUAUUGACUAUUCAAAUAUUUUAACGGAUGUGGGCUGAGCAUUUCAAUAUGUUAUUCCAAUGACUGUUCACCCUGCGUCUCAUUUUAGUGUUUAGUUUAAGUUUGUCUCCCUCUACAGGAUGAGAUAGUGGUCAAUAGGCCCAAGUGUGACUUCCUGGGUGCAAAAAGCUUUUCUUGCAGAUUAGUUCUUGGGAUCCUGAUUUCUUUCCACAUUUGUUAAUUUUUUGUACUAGUCUUUUAAUCUAGAACAUGAAAACUGACUAAAAUAUUAAAAAAUACAUUUUUGGUUUUCAACUACAACAAUUGUGGACAUUCCACUUCUUGAGACCCAACAAUGACAUGGCACGUCCAAACAUUAUGUAUGAGAGCAGGAAACCCUUUAGUCAGCUACCAACAGGAAACAGUUGAAAAUGGCACACAAUGGUAAUUUCACGUUGAUUCAUCCAGUACACAUCCAGUACACAUGCUUUAGUUAGCUGAACAGCGAGUCAGCAGAACCUCCUCUCUGCCCAGGUGUCCAAGCUCCUGCCUGAGAGGUUUGCUCCUGCCUGAGAGGCAUGUUCUUCAGAAGAUUUGAUCAUUUAGAAAGGGGGCCUUGCUUGUGUUGAUCAAAUGAAAUAAAAAG